UGUUUGUGUGAGAGAAGCUGGGCUGGGUUUCUGUAUCAGCAGCUAUUUAACAGAUGCUGACUCUGAGGAUCAUCAGUCAGUCAUGGGUCGUCCUGGGAUUCAGACGUGGACAUGGGCACUGUGUGCCUUCUGGAUGUGUGUGAGCCGAGCACUGGCUGGGCCGCAGUACAUGGUGACGUUUCCUGCAGUCCUUGAAGCUGGAGUUCAGACCAAACUGUGUGCAAGUCUCACCCACCCCAGCGAGACUCUGCUCAUGACCGUCACUUUGUUGUCUGAACGUGAGAACACAACUCUUUUCCAGCGGACGUCCAGCGCAGACUUUCAUGAAUGCUCUCAGUUUACGACUCCUGCAGUGCUCAAUGAGGAGGUGCAGAAUGUGGAGGUGAAGGUACAAGGCGACACGUUUAACUCAAGAGAGGUCAAGAAAGUCUUGAUCAAAGCCUAUAAACCAGUGACAUUCGUCCAAACGGAUAAACCAAUCUACCUCCCAGGACAAACAGUGCAUUUCAGAGUGGUCACACUGGACACCAAGCUUAGAAGUGUUGAUCAGCGGUACAACAUCAUUGAGAUCGAGGAUCCUCAUAAGAACAGGAUUGGACAGUGGCUGAAUGAAGCAUCUGAUGGUAAAAUACUGCAGCUUUCUUACUCCUUGAACUCUGAGGCCCGUGAGGGAUCCUACCAAGUCAUCGUGUUCAUUGGUGAAGAGAUAAUACGUCACACCUUCAAAGUGGAGAAGUAUGUUUUGCCUAAAUUUGACAUAACACUAAAUUUAAGUGAGGAAAUAAGUGUUGGGGAUCAAGAAAUCAAUGCUACAGCAUGUGCAAAGUACACGUUUGGACAGCCUGUGCGAGGGUCUGUUUCAGUAAAGAUGUGCCGACCUUUUCACCAUUUCUAUGUUCAUGAACUCGGGGCUGCAAAAUUAACUCCCCCCUGCCACACAGAGACAAAGCAGGCAGACAACAGCGGCUGUGCCACUUUUUCCUUCAACAUGUCAACUUUCACUAAAAUUGCCGGAAAGGCAUUAGAAGAUGUGCUUGAUGUCACUGCUGAAGUGGAAGAGGAGGGGACAGGUAUUUCACACCUCCAAAAGGGCAGAAUAAGGAUUUCGUAUGUUAUUGGAAGGCUGUCUUUCUUUGACACACCCAAGAUUUUUGAGCCAGGAUCAGUUGUGGAAGGAAAAGUUAAAGCAGUUUACUUCAAUUAUACACCCAUUCCUGACAUGCCGGUGUACCUGUUUGAGGGUGAAUCGUGGUCGUCACGGCAACUGCACAAUCUCACCACUGACAGCAGUGGUGUUGCCAACUUCUCAUUAAGCACAGAGAACUUAAAUGGGGAUAUUCGCCUCCUUAUAAGCAGCUCACCAACAAUGGAGUACUACCCAUAUAAAACUCCUUUCUAUGAGUUUGGAUCUCACACACUGUCUAUAUACCAACCUCCAUCUUUGACACUAAAACCGUCAGCUACCUGAAGGUGAACGAACGAUAAA